UUAUAUUGUACGUUUUUUGUUUUUUGGUUCUUUGCUUUUCUAAGUAUUGAAUCUUAUUGUAGACGAGAAAGUUUAUGCCCAAUAUGGAAUCUGAAGGUUCUGAUGUUUCUCGAGCUGAAGAAAUCAAAGUCCUGGCCAAUGAAGCGUUUAAAGCUCAUAAAUAUGCUCAAGCUAUUGAGUUGUACACACAAGCAAUUGAAUUAAACAGUCGGAAUGCUGUAUAUUGGGCGAACCGUUCAUUUGCUCACCUUAAACUAGAGGAAUAUGGUAGUGCCAUACAGGAUGCUUCAGAGGCUAUUGAAGUUGAUCCUAAAUAUUCAAAGGGUUAUUACAGGAGAGGUGCUGCUCAUCUUGCUAUGGGGAAAUUCAAAGAAGCUCUCAAGGAUUUUCAGCAGGUCAAGAGACUCUGUCCAAAUGACCCUGAUGCUGCCAGAAAGCUGAAAGAAUGCGAGAAAGUAGUAAAGAAACUUAAAUUUGAAGAAGCAAUUGCUGUACCAGUGUCUCAAAGGCGUUCCAUUGUGGAGUCUAUUGACUAUCGUACUAUAGAUGUGGAGCCACAAUAUUCAGGUCCAAAAAUUGGAGGAGAUGUUAUAACAUUGGAUUUUGUGAAGAAAAUGACGGAGGAUUUCAAGAACCAAAAAAGCUUGCACAAACGAUAUGCAUACCAGAUUGUCUUGCAAACAAGAGAAAUGUUGCGGGCUCUGCCUUCCCUUGUUGAUAUAACCGUUCCAGAGGGUAAUCACUUUACUGUUUGUGGUGAUGUGCAUGGUCAGUUCUAUGACCUCCUCAACAUCUUUGAGCUGAAUGGGCUUCCUUCAGAAGAGAAUCCAUAUUUAUUUAAUGGUGACUUUGUGGAUAGAGGAUCAUUUUCUUUGGAGGUCAUCCUCACACUGUUUGCGUUCAAGUGCAUGUCUCCGUCAGCAAUGCACCUUGCUAGAGGAAAUCACGAGAGCAAGAGCAUGAACAAAAUAUAUGGUUUUGAAGGUGAAGUGCGUUCGAAGUUAAGUGAAACAUUUGUGGAACUAUUUGCAGAAGUUUUCUGUUGCUUACCGUUGGCUCAUGUAAUAAAUCAGAAGGUUUUUGUGGUUCAUGGAGGUCUUUUUAGUGUUGAUGGGGUGAAACUUUCUGAUAUUAGAGCAAUUGAUCGUUUCUGCGAACCUCCCGAGGAAGGGUUGAUGUGUGAAUUGCUGUGGAGUGAUCCACAACCUUCAUUGGGAAGAGGCCCAAGCAAACGAGGUGUGGGCCUUUCUUUUGGUGCUGAUGUAACAAAGAGAUUCUUGCAGGACAACAAUUUAGAUUUAGUUUUGCGCUCUCAUGAAGUAAAGGAUGAGGGUUAUGAGAUUGAGCAUGAUGGUAAACUCAUCACUGUAUUUUCUGCGCCAAAUUACUGUGACCAGAUGGGUAAUAAAGGUGCCUUUAUUCGUUUCGAGGCACCUGACUUGAAGCCUAACAUUGUCACCUUCUCAGCAGUGCCACACCCCGAUGUCAAGCCGAUGGCAUAUGCGAACAACUUCCUCCGACUAUUUCAAUAGUCUACAUCUACAUGGCUGACCAGGACUUCCCAAAACUGUAUUUUAUGUUGUUGCGCCGUAGAUUUUCUGCGGAUUCACUAACCCGCUUUGGAAGUUGACUUGAAAGAGCGCUGAUGGACUUGGAGAAAUGCAGUUUCGUGUUUGUGGUGAUCGUGAUCCAUAGAGAUGCUAUUCAUUUAUUUAUCUUGUAGUCACAGUCAGCAAGGAUAUUUAUUGCAUUUCGUUUGUUAUUGUUUUCCCUUGUGCUGCCCUGGAAGUCAGGUUGGCUGGCGGCGGGGCGCCAACCUUAUACUACUGCUAGUAGGCCGAAUUAUAGUUUAAUCCAUUACUUGUUACUAGACUAUCACCUCUUUAUAUUACGUCCAU